CAAGUUCGUCGAGCCGAACAGCGACCUGCACUCGUAGGCUCAGGCGCGGUUUACCCUGACCCACAUACGAUAGUUGAUGUGGGUGAAAUGGACUUUUUAAGUCCAAAAUAAGCGUACUAACACCGGCAGCCGCCCCAAAUCUCAGUCGGGUCAUUCCAAUCGAAACCCUAGAAGCGCUCCGCCGAGCUCCAGGUUCCCGAGCUCGCCGCUUUCUCGCGGAGUAAAAAGGCCGAGGCCGGGACAACCUACUUGUGCUACCUCAACGGUUCAGCCAUGGAUCUGGAGAUCGUUGGGCGGCAUGCCUUACUGUUCGACGACGACGCGACGGCGGAGCUCGUCAACUCCGGCGUCUCCCUUGUCCCCUGGGCGGCCGUCGGCGCGGCAGACCUCCUCCUCGACCGCCACGACGUCCGCCACCUCCUUGACCGCGUGCCCCCUCGCCCGCACCGCGCCUACUCGAUGGCCCUCCUCUCCGCGCCCUCCCCUGACGGCGUCUCUGAGACCGAGCUCGAUCGCGAGCGCUACCUUGACCUCCCGGCUGGCGACGGCGAAUACGAGGGUUCUGGGGAUGCGGCUCCUUCAGGAAAUGGGUCAGAUACUGGACAGACUGAUUAUAAUGUUGUUCCUUUCUCGUAUGGAUAUCCCGCUGGUUCAGAUGAACCAAAUUCUUCGAACUUGUGCUAUCGCCCAUCAUUUUAUGUGCCAGAAAGCUUGUUGAAUAAGCUGGUUAGUGUAAGCUUUGAACUCUCACUUUUAACUAUUUUCUCUCCAGAUAUGUUAGAAAUUUAUUUCUUCUACCCUGUUAUUAAUAUUCUUCAGUUGAUCCAGCAAUAACUGUUCAAGGUGCAUAUGUUCUUCUAAGGAUUAAAUGCCUGUUUCAGAUGGUUGGAGCAGAGAUGAAGUUCCUACUAGUGAUGCACAUUGUUUCCUUGCAAUGUAUCUUGACGUAAGGAAUAUAGGCAGGUGGGAUUAGAAUGAUUCAAGUGCUACCUAUAACAAAAAUGAUGGGAUGGCUGUCUUACGAUAUACCAGUUUUCUUAUAUAGUAAUUCAUUCAGUUUGACAUAAUUUGUGUUUGUGUGCUCUCUAGCCAUUGCUGAGACAUUUUUUUGCUCCCAUGUUUUAAAUUUACAGCCUCCUUCUGAGAAGGUGCAUCAGAUAAUUGCAAGGACAGCCUUAUUUGUCAGCGAGCAUGGGGGACAAUCAGAGAUUGUAUUGAGGGUGAAACAAGGAGAUAAUCCAACAUUUGGAUUCUUGAUGCCUGAUCAUCAUCUCCACAGCUACUUCCGCUACCUUGUUGAUCAUCCUCAACUGCUGAAGGAUGGUGCUGAUGCUGUUGGCACGAAUAAAGGCAAUACUGAGAAUGAGCAUGCUUCAUCUGGCGGGGCUUUAUCAUUGCUUGGGACCACAUAUGACUCAGGAGACGAGAAUGAAGGCACACUCCCGCGUAGUUCGGAAGGCAUGAAUCCUGAAAAUAGCAUGACUCUUGAUGUGCAGGGCCAUGUAAAAUCUGCAUCAAUUAUGCCUGACAAAAAAGAAAUAGGCAAAAAUCAGAAUGCUCCUCCUGCAGUUAAAAGAAAAACAAUAUUGAUGAAGAAGAAUCAGAUUCUUACUGGCAACAGCAUGGUUGCUGUUCAGCAUGAAAAGGUUAAUGACGCAAUUAUAGCAUCAAGUACUUCCAAAUCACAUACCAAUUCAGGCUUAUCAGAAAUAAAAGAAAUGAUCCUUGAACCACCAUCUUUCAUGAAACGCACAAUGGAGAAAAUAAUUGAGUUCAUUCUGACAAAUGGGAAGGAGUUCGAGAAAAAACUGAUUGAGCAAGACAGAACAACUGGGAGGUUUCCAUUUCUUCUGUCUUCUAAUCCAUACCACUCAUAUUAUCUAAAGUUUCUCCAGGAAACUGAAGAGUCCAAUUCACAUGGUAGAAGUCCUAAUAACAAGGACAGAAGAGGUUCUUCUGACCGGAGGGGCAGAAACUCUCGUGAGCGCGCCGACAGAAGCUCCUGUGAGCGCGCUGACAGAAGCUCUCGUGAACGCGCCGACAGAAGGUGCUCAAUGGAGCGCAAAGACAUCAAUUAUAGCAUGGAAUCCAGUGCUUCUGAUAGAAGCUCAUCUGGGCCAUCAGAGAAGCAGCUGUAUGACAAACAAGGGAAGGGUAUAUUCCAUCCUGUUUGUGGGGUCAAGACUCGGAAAGUUACUGCAGAUGAAGCUGCUGCUAUAGUAAUGGCAGCUACUCGAGGACUGGGUGCUGCAAAUGACUCACUUAACACCAUGAAAGGAACCAAGGACAAUGUUCGCACCCAUGUUAGUAAUGAUCCUUCUUCCAGCUUUGGAAGUUUCUCAUCUUUACAGGACCGAAAUGCACUGUCCAAACACAUUUCAAAUAGUGAUGUUGAUGCUUCACUUACAAGUAGUGGACAGCCCCAAAGGGAAGGUUUUGGAAUCAUUGAUGAUGAUUGGAUUGCAAACACUAUUGCAAAAGCUGCUGCUGCAGCAGCUUCCAAAGAGGCAGGUUCUUUGGAAGCUACCAUGACAAAGGAACAGAAGCUGAAAGCUGAUAGGCUUCGCCGUGCGAAGAUGUUUGCUGCAAUCAUUAAGAGUGGAGACAACAAGAUGAAUGAUUUAGCUGCAGCAUCGAACCCAACUAGUGAAGCUGCCAAGGCCAUUCCUGAUAUGAAUGCCUCUGGACUUGAUCUGCAAUCUGUGGCUAAGGAACGUGAAGGUAGUAGCUCUGUUCUGUUUGACCAUGAGGGGCCAAACUUGACAAAACAUAGUAAAGACUCUGAUGAUGAACAGAACAGAGUGCGGAAGUAUAGAAAGAAACACCAAGAAUCCGACGAGGAAAAAGAUGAAUCUGAGGAUAGCUAUAAGCACUCAAGGAAGAAGCAUCGCCCAGAGCAUUCAAGAGACCAGAGCAAGGAUGUUCACAAACAUAAGAACAAGAGUCACUCCAAGGACAGGGAAUCCAGACAUCAUAGACACCAUUGUAGCUCUUCGGAAGAUGAGCAUGAGCAUGAACGUUGGAGUUCCAAAUCAAGGCAUAGGCAUAGAGAUGAUCACCGCUACUCUGACGAGGAACACUCUGAUGAGGAACACAGGAGGUCACACAAGCAUCGGAGGGAGCAUCACUCCAGUUCUAAAAGGAAGCACGAGGAAGACUGAUACCAGGUUCGCCGGAAGUGUCUGUCUAGAUCAGGUGCCAAGUUUGAAUCAGACAAGCUGUCUGAUGACACUGCACAAAUCAACUCAGGGAACAACUGAAGCGCCGAGUAAACUGAGAGCAAAAAUCAGAGCAACAUACUGUAAUAUUUUGUAUCACAGCAGUAACAUUAUGUCCUUAGGCCUCUGUUUUGUAGCCAAUUGCUCUUUCGAUUUC